GUUAAGUAGAAUGUACUCAAAACCUUGAUACGAAACAGUUCAGCGAUAUUCUCAGGGAAGUUACUUAUAAGUUCGAGAUAUGUCUAAUGAGGUACUCGAAAAAAUUGUCCUUAAGCCUCCCAUAGACCUAAUACCAGACGAGUAUGAAAUAAAGGAAGGGAUUGCUGUUCAUACAUUUACUACCAGUAACACCGAGUAUGAAGAAGUCAAAUUAUUUAUGAAGACUUUGAAAGGAGACGGUUAUAAGGAAAAUAUGCACUGUUUGGAUAACGAAAAUUUCAAAGACCUUAUUAAGAACAUAAAUAGUAAAGCAGGAGACUCGAGUGGACUGAUAUUGUUUUUUUCUUAUUACUGCAAGGAAGAUGGAAUGAUUAACAUAUUCGAUGGAGAGAACAUUAAAAGUAUACCAAUUCAAGACAUAAUAAUGGAAUUCACUGCUUACACUUGUCCUGGUCUGAAAAAUAAACCCAAAAUAUUUAUAUUUCAUGUAAAGUUGCUCUCGACGUUACAGACUGAUUCUAGACAGUUCGGAAGUACUUAUGACGUAACCUAUGACACACCUGGGGAAGCUGACAUAUUAAUAGUUUAUAAAAAAAGUGAAAGCAAAGGUGCUUUGGAUUUUAUACAAAAACUCUGUAAGAACAUAAACGAUUAUGGUGAAGUUGAGGAUAUAGUUAGCCUAGUAACAUGUGUGGAGUCAGCACGGAACGAUUCCAGACCUUUAGUUGUAUCCACCCUCACCAGAAAAUUAUUCUUAUUCCCAGGCGAACAUAGAAGCCACUAUUUCCAUAUCAAUCAACAUCAAGAGGAAAUCGCGAAGCAUCUCGACGAUAUUAAGAGCAAUCUUUCCAGGGUGAAAACUACUGGAAAAGCAAAGAAUUCUGCUAAAGGGAGGGUGGGAGGAGUAGGGACUGCUAAACAGAAGGGUACUGGGAAGACCGCGAGUACUCCCAGCUCUUCAAAUGUGCCAAGGUCUACAACGGAAUCAGAUAGCGGUGGAGAUGGAACAAAUAUCGGCUCUAGAAGCCAGCUAGCAUCUGCAACAACAUCAGAUGGGGAUGCAGUUACUCGUAGAUCAAGAAACAGGUUGACAUCGAAAUCCAAUGCGAACCUGACGGAUAAGAAUGAUCCUGAUACCAGACCACCAUGGAAAUAUUAA